AUGGAGCUGGAGCAGCACAUCAACGGCUCGGGCAACCUCGACCCAUCAGGCGCCGGCGCGGUCGUCACGCUCAAGGACGGCACCAAGGUCCGGGCGCCCGAAGCGUCCCGCAUCGCCUACGAGGACGAGCCGCGGCCCAUGCUGCUGCGCGAGUGGAGCCUCUUCGACUCCAUGCUCUACGGCCUCAAGAAGCUCAAGCUGCUGCUCGCCCAUCUGGUGUCCCUCUCCUGUGUUUGGAGAAAAGGAGUUCCUUUGGAACCUGAACGGUAUUCUGUACGUUGUUGUCUAGAAGGUGUGUAUCUACUGGGAAAAAGAUGGCGGAGAAAAGUUGAAAUCAUUCAACCAAUCGAGGUUCAUUCUUUUGCUGCAAAAUGUACUUUGGAAAAUCUUCUCUGUGUCUCAGUAAAGAACAUUUCUCCUAUUCAUGCGAAAGAUAUAGUUGUGUUCAUUGAUGCAAUUACUAUCGUAUUUGAGGAGGCAUCCAAAGGAGGUGCCCCUUUGUCAUUACCAAUUGCUAGUACUGAGGUUGGGCAUGAUCACAACUUACCAAAUCUAGCACUCAGGAGGGGCGAGGAGCACUCUUUUAUUCUCAAGCCAGCAAUCAUGUCAUCAAGGGAACGGAAGACCAACAGUGAUGCACCUCCGGUUCUGUCACUCUCAACAAUGACUGAAUCUACUUUAAAUAAUCAUAUACCAAGGUCUGGUCAGCCAUAUGCUGCUGUAGGUGACCAGUAUGCUGUAGUGGUGUCUUAUCGCUGCAAUUACACAGUUGUAUCCUUAAACUCAGAUCCAGCAACCCCAAAUGGUUCUUUUGAUGGUGUUAAUCAGUCAGCAAAAAGAUCUGGAUUGGGAAAACAUGUAAUCGGCUUUCAAGGAUUGAAUUCUGUCCUAGCUCAAUCUCCAAAAGAAGGUGACAAUGGAGGAAACAGAAUGAGUAAUGCUUCAGGCUGUACUCAUCUGUGGUUGCAGAGUGCAGUGCCCCUAGGGUAUGUUCCUGCACGUUCAAGCACCACUGCCAAACUUGAACUGCUUCCAUUAACAGAUGGAAUCAUUACAGUUGAUACACUUCAAAUAACUGCAAGUGAGAAAGGCCUUGCGUACAUACCAGAGCACUCCUUGGAGAUACAUGCCACCUCUGUCAUGUUAUCAGGAAGGUCAUAG